CAAAAUAAAUUAGAUGGCCAUGGGUCCAUGGCUCCCAUCCACCUUUCGAGCUCCCGCGGAUCGCGACCUGGUGAUGAUGCUUGUAAGCCACUUGUACGGGAUUCUGGGCUUGUUGAGGUGAGGAAGAUUGCUGCGGCGUUGGCCAAGAUGGGAAUAUUUGAGCUUUGACGCGAGGGCCUGCGGUGUUUCUCCGGCCUUCCGUCCUUUAUUUGAUUAGAGGAAAUUCAGAAUGGCAUCACCAUCUUCAAAUGGGGUUGUCCUAUCUUAGUGUUUUCUUCCCCAGUUUUCUUCCUAUCUGCUUGCUGUUUUUGCUUCCAAGACGCAUCAAAUUGCUAUCAGAGCGAGGUUUUGGAGAAAUGGCAGCAAAGAAGGUGAAUGCGUUGGAAGGCAAAGUGGAGCAAAUCAAAUCCUGGAUGAAGGAGAAGUUCUCAACCAUCUAAGAGGAAGGUUUUUAGCUAUUUAGAAUCAAAUGGAGAGACGAUUUGGAGGGUUGGAGGAGAUAAUGAGAAAGCUCAUGGAUAUGCAAUCCAAAACUUCACUGGCGGUUCCGAUUGCUAAUCAUAACCAAGAUUUGACCGAGAUUUCGUUGGCAGAAUCUAAGAGAAAGGAUAUCGGAUGGGAGGAGUUCAACAUGUAGGGAAUUUUGUGGUAAAGGUGGUAAGUUGGUCGACCACUAUGGGAGACAUUUCGGGCAAGGAGGGUGGGCGAUCGAAGAUGGAAGGGGUCAAGCUGAUCCAUGGGGAUCAGAUUAUUCAAGGUGGGUGGAAGAAAGGUGGAAUUCCCACCCUCGAUACACUGGAGAAACAUGGAGGGAUCAUGACAACCACUACACUGGAUGAGGAAGAAGUUAUUGGGGUGGUGGUGAUCCUAGGGUGAGAAAAGUUAAAGAUGUGAAAGAUUGGGGAGAAGAAGAGUGAGAGUUCAAUAAGUGAUACACAAGUUUCUUCCGAGGAUAAAUAAAUCGACAAGGUGAAGCAGUCUGAUAUGAAGCUAAAUAAAGCAUCAUAUGCAAUAAGGAAGUUGGUCUCCAAUGCAUAUGCUCGUCAGCUUUUAAAGUCUACACCAAGGACCAAGUCUAUACGCAUCACUUGCGAUCCUAUGAGGCCUGAUUCCUCAUGGAAUUGGCUGGAGAGGUGGAUGGGUCUAACAUUAAUGGAUCGAUAGAAGUUCAUUUUGAACUAGAAUAAUGUAGAGAAAUAUGUGAAGAAUGACCUAGCUGCUUAUGAUGUUCAUGUUGGGUUGCAUGUUAUUUCUCAACAAGCAUCACCUGAUUCCGAAUUAGUUGGUAAUUCUCUAGAAGUGUCAGAGGUCGAAGGGAAUCUGAUAACUAAGAGCUUUAGGACAAAACUUUUGGUUCUUGCAUGUGUUUUAAAUCAAGUCCCUACUAUUCAAGAUAAUGAACUGCAGUCUCAUUUUCAAGAGACUGUCUAUGGAGAAUGAUAAAGACUGGUCUAAAAUAGAAGCUAAAAUAGUUUCAGAUGGCAGUUUACAUUUGAAACUUGAUGGUAACCCAAGUAAACUUGAUUAUAAUGAAGAGAACUUUAACAAUGGUGCCAAAAAUGAACUCAGUGAUGUUGAAGAAAAUGGAGGGAAGGUUGUUAGUGGAUCUAGGAAGUCAAAGAAUCCUACUUUUGCUAUUGUACAAACAAAAUUUGAAGAGCUCGGUUCUGCUCCUGAUUCUAAUAGAUUUAUUGACUAUGCCUCAACUGAUGUUGUUAAUGUAUCAAAAUCAUCUUAUUCUCAAAUGGUCUUCAUAUCCAAAGAAGUUAAUAAGAGAAAAGCGGUUUACUCCAAGGUGGAUAAGGACGUUAACCUGAAUAAGAAACUAUCCUGCCAUUGUCCAAAAGACCAAGGUACUGCUUCUGCAUAUGCAACUGAGAUUUAUGUUUCGUCACUUGACAAACCAGAAGAUUCUCUUUCUGAAAUUGCUCCAGAACUCAGAAUUUCAAAUGUACUAAACCAUGGUGUGGUAACUGUUGGCAAUGGCUCAUUGAAAUUUGACGAAACCAAAAUUGAAACAAAUAACUAUUUAUCAAAUUUGAUUGCAGUUUUGCCACAAAAGAAGGAAGAGAGCAGCAAAAACGUGGCCAUCUCAGUUUCUUCUAUUGAAGAAGUGCAAGGGGAGGAUAAAGAUACAUAUGUUGAUAAUCAUCGCCAUAUAGGUCUCCCAAAAGCCAUACAAUUGUUAAAGAUUCUCCUGCAACGCCAUCCAGUCAGGUAUCUCUGCAUGUAAGAACUAACAAGUCAGAGGAUAAUAUCCCUGCAAGGAAGAAGAAGUCAGGCAAAUUCACUAAGCAGAAAUCUACAUUAGCUGACACUUUUUAUACUAAAAGACUACAUUCUAGUGUGGAAGUUGAUAUUAUGGGAACAUCUAGUUUAAACUUUCAUUCCUUGCCAAAGGAGUCCUCGACAGCUUCUUCAAAGAAUUGCACAUUCAAAGAAGGUGAUAAGAGUAAAAUAUGUUGAUACGAUGCAUUUUUCUGGACUACCUUUUCCAGCUUAUAGAGGUCCACAUUAUGACUUUUGUCGUAAAGUAAUUAUGACAUUUGAAGAAAACAGAUCAUGCAAAAUUGGUGUAAAAUUUAGCAAACAUAUAGUUGAAGGUAAUAAUCUUGGUAGUCUAUGUGAAAAGGAUCACGGGUUCUUCUGUACAGCUCACUUGCUUUGUUUGGACUGUAUUGGUACAGACGAUUCUGAAAGGACUGCUAUCAAUGAGUUAAUAGACCUUGUGUAAUGUUUCACGAACCUAAUAAACCUUGAUUAUAAAUGA